AUGUAUUUCCAAUUGUCUACCGAGUUUUUAUAUAAGCUUGAAAGUAGAACUUUUUAUAAUAACUUUCAAGAAAAAUUGAAUAAAAUUCUACGUAUUAAAAAGUCGUUUAAGGCUAAAAUGCAACCACUUUGGAUAUUUUUUUUAUUGUUAUCCCUGGUUAAUAUCGUGAAAGGUAUUACAACACACAAGAAGAAAUUCCAAACUGUGGGAUGCUUUGUAGAAUGGGAUGGUCCGUCGAGAAGAACUCUUUUCAAUGACAGAAGUAACAUAAAGUGGAGAGCUUACCCAGACUACAUAGAUAGCUUAUCAGAUCGAUGUUAUGAGACUGCAAAAAAAUCUAAUUAUACGUACUUUUCAAUUCGCUUUUAUGGAAUAUGUGUCGGUAUCAAUGAUGCAAAGGGGAACACUACAACCAGAUGUAUGAAUGAAAAAUUCAAAACAUGUGACCUUACAACUGAUAAUCUAUGCGCUGGUAAAGAUUCCGCAGACAUGAUUUACCAAGUUGGAAUUGAUGGUGGUUAUGGUCCAUGGAGUUCUUAUGGAAGCUGCAGUGUCACGUGUGGAACGGGACACAGUCAGAGGAAAAGAGAGUGUAAUAAUCCUGCACCAGCUGCUAACGGAAAUGACUGUACCAUUCUUGGUUCUGAUAUGGAAAUCAAAGUAUGCACAAUGACAGAAUGUACAGCAGCGGUUACAGAUGGCUUUACCAACUGGAGUACAUGGGGUCCAUGUUCUCAAACAUGCGAUGGUGGUUCCAGAAGAAGAAGAAGGCAGUGUAAACCUAAAGCACGUUGUGUUGGGCCAUUAGAAGAAACCCAAAAUUGUGUUAACGAUCUGUGCAAAGGUGUUCAAGGUGUCGCAAAGGUACAAGCAAGCGCUGAGAAAGUUCUUACAAAUGUUUACAAGGCAGAUAACCUGGGAAAGCCACCAUCAGGACAAUUUUACAAGUCAUUAUUUCUAAUUCAAAACGCAAUGGCGGCUGAAAGCGUAACUGAUAGCAUCAUAGGGAAUAAGACCUCGCCUGCAAAGAAAUUGAAAGAAUUGGAAACCCUCCUUAAAAUAUCCACUGACGGAGGACAUAUUGCAUUUGCUCGGGAAACUUUUGGGAAAAAUAUGUAUGCUUUUAUACAGAACGAAAUUGCUAAUGGCGUAGCAAUUGACGAUAUUGAAAAAUCUGCUCAGCAUUACAUUGCUGCUACCAAGAACAGAAUUGGAAAAAAUAAUUAUGAUGAAAUAUUAUCAACAACUAAUGAAACAACUUUGAUGCUUGUUAUUGAUACAGCUCUAGGAACAACAAAAGCAGCAAACCCUUACAGAGCAUAUUCAAGGAUGGCUAGAGAUUUCGCUGACAUUAAGGGAGAUGCUGGUUUUGAUUAUAUUAUAGCAGGCUUCGAUGACCAAGGUGUUAGCCCAGCAAAACGACGGAGUAAUGCAAAAAACUUUGUGAAUGAUAUAGCAAGAUUGAGGGCAAAGAAACGACUGGAAUGCCCUAAAAAGUCGUUUCAGGGAAUGUUAAAAGCAUACGGUAUAGAACCAAAAGUUGGUAGCCCUAUGUUUGUUUUUACCGACGCUUCAGCAAAAGAUGAUACACCAGAAAAUAUGGAAACAUUGAAGGCUACUGCAAAAGCGUAUUCUUCAUCAAUAAACUUUUUCACGCAAGGUCCUGGAUGUGUUAAAGGAUAUCAAAGUUACAAAGAAAUGGCUGUGAAUACUUCAGGACAAUUCUUUUCAUUGCAAUCAUGGGCUGAAUUGGCAGAUUUUACAAAUUACAUUCAAACCAGUUUACGAAAAGAUACCUUAAUCGCGUCAGGGAGCAGGACAGGAGGUAUCACAAAGAGAGACAUCUCAUCUACGGAAGACGGAAAGUUCAAUAUAGAUGAUGGAAUUAUAAGAUUAGUUCUAACAAUAGCAACAGGUGUUACCGAUUCAGCAAAACAUGUUACCCUCCACGAUCCAUCCGAAUCAUUACAUUCUGCAAAAAGUACAAUGUCUAUAACAAAACUAUUUGAGAUUGACAAUCCCAAAAGUGGGACGUGGCAAUUAACUUUCCCUGACGUGGUUGGUGAUUACAAAUACACCGUUGAAGCUGUGUCAGGCGAUUAUACUGUACAGUUCGAAUCUAACUUUAUGUACAGAAAUGAUGUUGAUGAUGACACUCCAACAUAUCCUAUUUAUGACCCAAUCAAAGCUGUGACAAAUAUGCUUGUUUUGCGCGUGGGUGGAAGCGAACAUAUUAUGAUGGCAACACUUCAAAUCGAUAUUGUCAGUCUUAGGAAUAGAGUUUUAAUAAAAAACAUCAGAUACGAAUAUAUAAGCUCGACGAACAUAAUCAACACUUUCGUUACUCCACCGAAUGAAGACUUUAGAAUAUUGAUUUCAGGAUUAACCAACAAAGCUACUCCAUUUGAACGUCUAUCAGAGACCAUUGCUAAACCGGUUGAGGUUAGUAUAUCUCUUGUAUCUGCUGGUACAAACAAUAUGGCUAUGGCUGGUCAAAAGAACGUACCCAUUACUGUCCAAGUACAGACAGGCACCCGAGAAAACGUUGGCAUUGAUUUCGAAGGAUUUGCAAGUGUUGGUUCGAUUCCGGAUCAACCUCAUGUAGUAAUCUCAAGAGUUGGUUAUGCAAAGUUAUACUUCAAUGUGCCACCAGCUUCCGCUUUGACCAAGGAGACGCGUUUGGCUCGAAUAACUGUCAAUGCUAUCUUUAGACGUGUCAAAUAUCCAGUUACCUUUUUAAUGCUGAUAUUUUGAAUGUAUAAUUGUAUUUGGGCUGAUAAAAUAAGAAAAAAUUACCGUUUAAUA